GCAUUCGUGAACGACUGACUUCUUGGAAGUUUUGGAUAAUUAAAAAAUAAUUAAAAAGUGAUUUAACAAAUAAAAUUUUAACUAUUGUUUUCAAGUGUUUGUUAAUUAAGGACAAUUAAAAACAGGAAUUGAAAGAUUUAUUAACAAAAUGAAACGAUUUGAUAUUGGCCUUUGUGCCAUCGUAGCUGCAUUUGCAGUUUUUGGUUUGGUUGAUUCGUCACCUCUAAACCAAAAUCGUUUGUUGGGAGCUGAAAAAUGCACCUGGGGACCCUCAUAUUGGUGCAGUAAUAUAACCAAUGCUAAAGGUUGUAAUGCUGUACGCCAUUGUAUACAAACCGUUUGGGAAAAUCAUCAAGUACCCGUUGACAAUGAUUCCAUUUGCCAAAUUUGCAAAGAUAUGGUCACCCAGGCACGCGAUCAAUUGCGCAGCAAUGAGACCAUGGAAGAGUUGAAGGAAGUAUUUGAGGGCUCUUGCAAUCUAAUACCCCUUAAGGUUGUGAAAAAAGAAUGCUGCAAAUUGGCUGAUAAUUUUAUACCCGAAUUGGUGGAGGCUUUGUCAUCACAAAUGAAUCCAGAUCAAGUUUGUUCUGUUGCGGGUCUUUGUAACAAUGCUGAAAUCGACAGAUUACUUACGAAAUACUAUACUUCCGCCUUGGAUGGCACACUUAAAGAAGAAGACGAUGUUAGUGCUGAAAUUAUUGUGCCCACACAUACAAAAGAAGUGGCUGUUGAUGCUCCCAAAAAACCUCUCUUAAGCUGUGGCAAUUGUUACAACAUGGCCACCUUGAUGACCACUAAAUUCCAGUCAACCAAUCGUGAUGAUGUUCUAGACAAAAUUCUUCAUAUCUGCGGUGAAAUGUCUUCCUUUUCGGAUGCCUGUGCCAAUAUCGCCCUCACAUAUUUCAAUGAUAUCUACGAUCAUAUUCAAGAGAAUCUACAACCAGCUGGUGUUUGUCAUAUUUCUGGUGUAUGUGCUGCUAGAUAUCAUCAACAUCCCGAAGAUCCCAAAGAGGAGGAACCUAUUGAUUUAAUGGCAGCAGGUAACGAUGAUAUUCCUUGCGAGUUGUGCCAGCAAUUGGUGCGUCAUUUGCGUGAUGUAUUGGUGGCCAAUACCACCGAAAGUGAAUUCAAACAAGUGAUGGAGGGUUUGUGCAAUCAAACCAAGGGUUUCCGUACAGAAUGUUUAAGCAUUGUCGAUCAAUAUUAUGAUUUGAUUUAUCAAAGUUUGGUAAAUAAUUUGGAUGCCAAUGGCGCUUGCUUCCUUAUCGGUGUGUGUCCCAAGGGUUCUGAUGCCUUGUUCCAAGGAGAAAUGAUGCCAUUAUUGCCUGCAUUGCCACCAGCUGAAAUUAAAGUAACCAUCCGCAAGAAGUUGGGUGCUAAUGAACCUAAAUUCACUCAAGAAGAUCUCAAAGCCAUGACUUUGCCCAUUGAUCAUCUCAUGGGAGCUGCUAAUCCCGGUCUACUCGUAGAAGGCGGCGAACUUUGCACCAUUUGUGAAUAUUUGUUGCAUUUUAUACAAGAAUCAUUGGCCACCCCAUCAACUGAAGAUGAAAUCAAACACGCUGUCAAUGGCAUUUGCAACAAAUUCCCCAACAGCAUUAAGGGUCAAUGUCACAAUUUCAUUGAUAUGUACGGUGAUGCUGUCAUAGCUCUUUUGAUUCAGGGUUUGGAUCCUCGUGAAGUUUGCCCCAAAAUGCAAAUGUGUCCUCCUAACCAUGAAAAUCAUGACGAUAUGGAAGUCUUCGAACCCCAACCUUCCGACGAACAAGAUAAACCCACCUGUCCCUUAUGUUUGUUUGCUGUAGAACAGGCUCAGGAGAAAAUCAAAAAUGACAAAUCAAAGAAAAACAUUGCAAAUGUUUUAAACAAGUUAUGCAACCAUUUGCCACAAAAAUUACAAAACGAAUGUGUGGACUUUGUCCAAACCUAUUCAUCCGAAUUGGUCGAUAUGUUGAUUACCGAUUUCAAACCCCAAGAGAUUUGUGUUGCUUUGAAACUCUGCCCCAAGGCUAAAAACUAUUUAGAUGAUAUGGGCAUUAGUUUGGAAAAUGAGAGUGAGGAAGUCGAUGAUAUAGCUUUCAACGAAAUCAAUGAUAGCGAAGAAAUGCCCGUUGAAAUUAUAUUCCAAGAACAACAUAGUGAGGUCAGUUCACCAAAUUGUCUUUUAUGCGUAGAAAUCGUUAAGUUGGCUGAGAAACGUUUGAACAAACAUACAACCAAAGAAGAUAUUAAGAAAGCUUUAGAACAAUCAUGUCAAAAAUUACGCAAGAAUUUACAGCCUAAAUGUCAUCAAUAUGUUGACAAAUACGGUGAUAAAAUUGCCGAAUUACUUCUGAAAGAAAUGGAACCAAAAUUAAUUUGUGCUGAAUUAGGCCUGUGUCUAUUUAGUGAACAAGAAGAUUUGGAAAUUGAUGAAGCUUUGAAAUACGAUGUGAUUGCCAUGCCAAACGAAAAUGCAGUAUGGAUUAAAAAUGAUCGUUUUGUGGGCAUGGAUGAAGGCAUGACCUUGCAGGAACCUCCCACCUGUGUUUUGUGUGAAUUUGUAAUGACCAAACUGGAAAUGGAAUUGAAAAAUAAAACCGAACAAGAGGAAAUCAAACGCACCAUUAAGAACAUUUGCAAUCACAUGCCCCAGACAGUGGCUAAAAGUUGUGACAAGUUUGUGGAACAGUAUGCCAAUGCCAUUAUAACAUUGGUAGGCAGUGUGCCACCCAAGGAGAUUUGUCAGAAAUUGCAAUUGUGCUUUGCCGGUUUAAGUGAAGUGGUUAAUGAUGAAGUUAUUGAAUGUGGUGUUUGCCAUGGCGCCUCAAUGGCUUUGUUGCCUUAUUUUAGAAAACACACCGAACACGAUGAAAUUGGUGCCAUUGAUAUGAUUAAUGUGGGCUGUGAAAAUUUACCAGCUAAAUAUUAUCAAAUUUGCUCUGAAAUGAUACGCAUUUAUGGCAAAAGUAUUAUGCAUUUGUCUGAACGCAUUGUUGUAGACGAGUCUCACAUUUGUAGCGAUAUAGGCAAAUGUUUUGAGAAUGAAAAAUCUAAUUUGGCUUUUGCCAGAAUUUCAGUUUAAUUUCAAAGUUAUGAGAUGCUUUAAACAUCGAAGAAGUAAUAGAAAGAGUGAAGUGAGUUUUAAUGGGAGAACUAUGAAAAGGCGGGUGGGUGAUUUCUCUUAAUAAUUGUAUUGUGAUGCGUAUUGAUAAAUAUUAAUUUCUUUUUUUUUUAUACACUUUCAUCUAUUUGAUAAAAAAAACACUUAAAACACGAAACUAAAGCCUUUGAAAUAAUUAUAAAUAUUACCAAAAAUAUAUCAAAAUAUCACAUGAAUUAAAUAAAAUAAAUAAUACAAGUUGAAAGAGGUGAAUGAAUGUGUUUUUAAAAAUAAGAAAUUUAUGUAAUUAAAAUUAUAAUCUUCAUCUAUAUGAUAUUUUUAUAAAACUGUUAGUUGAUCGAUCUUCUAUCACAUAAAAUGCGUUUCUUUUAUUUUUCUUCUUUUCAAUCCUUAUAGUUUUAGUUCUGCAAAUACUUGUAUUUUAUUUUUUUUUCUCUAGUUUACUAAGAAACUGUGAAAAACAUUUUAAUUAAAAUAAAAACAAUUAUUAAAAAAAAAA